UAGCGGGCACCCGUGAUGCAAUAUAUAUACUCAGCCUUCAGAAGAAAAGCUUGCAGUUUGCCGAGUAAGACCAAGGUGUACGUAACGUGUCUUGGAGCAGCGGCCGCCAGUGUUACAUAUAGAUAUAAUACAAACAGUAUAAAAGAAAAGAAAGUGCAAAGUAAACUAAAGCUAUUCGAGAGUGCAUCAUCCACAAUGGAUAAAUUGAUUUACGCCACAGUCGUCCUCGUUCACCUGUGCUCACCUGGACUGACCAAGGAGACCACGUCCCACGGAGCGCUUCAGAUGUUCAGCUCCGUCAACGCCCCCGCCAAACAGGGCGAGAGUGAGGGCGUGCGGCGCCUCGUCUCGGUGACUAACGGGGAGCUGGCGAUGCCCUUCCGGGAGUGCGGGUACGUCUUGUGCAACGUCUCGGAUGCUUUCACCAACGAGACCACGCACCUCUGGGAUUACUACGUCGACUGGGAGCUCCCCGCCGCGGCGCAGGCCAGCGGGAGCGUGUUCGUGCUGGCCAACAGGUUCCAGAUGCCCCGCUCGUACCUGGUCUUCACGGGCUUCACCGCGGACUUCGCCGGCGACUACAAGUGCGUCCUUAACUUCCGUCUGGAGCCCGUGUCCUCCGUCAGCCUCAGCCUCAGCCUGGCCGAGGGCACCGCGCUGAGGGACUGCAGCAAUGUGCCCGCCUGAGCACGGGUCGCGGGGCGGCGAGUCGCUCCCAGCGGAGGACUCGCUCUCAGCGUCAGGAGAGGAUUGCAAAGACAGCGCCUGUCAGUGUGUGAAACGCUGAGGCCAGUGAGACACUUUUCUACUUUAUAGACUGUGAUAGAAUGCUUUACUUAUAUUUCUCGAUCAAUAUGAAGUUGUCUUACGGUGGAUACAAUGAUGCAGAAUAACCUACAAAUACGAGCUUGAAAUAGUGCAUGAUUACAUUAAAAAGGAAUGUAGUGCAUGACCACAAAAGUAUCCUGAUGGAGAAAAUAAGAUACAUUGAUUACAUAAAAGCAAAAAAACAAGAAACAAGAAAAUCUAAACUCGCGUCGUUAUAUCUGUACAUAACGAACAAUGAAGAAUAUAUCCUAAUAUAAAGGAUAUUGAAUAAAUAAGAUUAAAAUAAAAAUUAUCUUAUUAAAAUAGCUUUCGUAAUAGAGGGAGAAAAAUUGGUGUAUAUGUGUAACUGUGAUAUUUUGCAUAUGGUCAUGCGUGCAAAUACGCCCUGAAUAUUGUUAGCGUUGUGUGAAAAUAGACGUGAGAUGUCACAUGUAUUUAUUAAUGUUUUUUUAAUGAAUGGAUGGAAAGA